ACAUGAUUAUAAAUAAAUAUGGUGGUCCAUCUGCCGCCUUCCAGAAUCGAGAAAUUUUUAUUUUCAUAUGAAAUAUAAAGCAAUUAGUUAUAGCGUUCUUUUUAUUAAUAAAAAAUAAUGUUGUUACCGUUAAAACCGGAUCAUAAAAAACAUGUAUUGCUUCUUGUAGAACAUACACCACAAGUUUUGCAGGACUUUUGUAAAUUGGUCAUAGAUUACCUGCAGAAAGGACCAAAUUUUAAAUUGUAUAAUGCAGCUGCUCAAAAACUUCAAGUUGAUAUAAAUAUGAUUAAGAAUUCAGUUGAAGGACUUGUUAAUCUAUUACUAGAGAGCUGUAAAUAUAAGCUAAGUUCCGAGGACUUUAGGGAUUCCAUAAUAUCUUUAGGUUUUUCAGAAGAACAAGAAAUAAUAUUAAGCAAAUUAUAUAAUGUUAAAAAAGAUGAAAUAUUGGAUACACUUACAAAUAUCGGAUUUAAGUUACCAGAGUACCAUGAUAUGGAAUGGAGAUUUGAAGUUCAGAUUGCAUCAAGAUCACUGUUAAAACAGAUUGCUCCUCUCAUAACUUUAGAUUUUUCAAUAAAAAACCCAGACAAAGAUGAGAGUAUUGACCAUGUACUACUUCAAACUGACCCUGUUAAUUUAUUACACAUAACACAGGAAUUGGAGGAGGCUCUUCAAGAGGGUCGUAGUCAACACAUUCGUAGACUUUCAAGAGUAGUAAAAUGAUAGUAUCAAUGUACACAUAUGUUCCAUGGAAUAAAUUAUACACAAUUUCAAGAA